UCCCGGAGGCUUCUGGGUAGCGGUUUACCCCCGCCCACUGCGUCAGCGUCUUCCUUUCGCUGCCUGACGCCGCCGAGGUCGCACGCGUGAGGCCUGUCCCGCAGCAGCCGACAUGCGCUACGUCGCCUCUUAUUUGCUUGCCGCCCUUGGGGGCAACUCCUCUCCCAGCGCCAAAGACAUUAAGAAGAUACUAGACAGCGUGGGCAUCGAGGCGGACGAUGACCGACUCAACAAGGUCAUCAGUGAGCUGAAUGGAAAAAACAUUGAGGAUGUCAUCGCCCAGGGUGUUGGCAAACUUGCCAGUGUGCCUGCUGGUGGGGCUGUGGCUGUUUCUGCUGCCCCUGGCUCUGCAGCUCCUGCUGCUGGUUCUGCCCCUGCUGCAGCAGAGGAGAAGAAAGACGAGAAGAAGGAGGAGUCCGAGGAGUCAGAUGAUGACAUGGGAUUUGGCUUGUUUGAUUAAAUUCCUGCUCCCCUGCAAAUAAAGCCUUUUUAUGUAUCUUGA